CCCACAACUAGCGCUGUUAUCACUGCAAAGCAAUCACAGCUGUUGAACGAAGAUGUCGCGCAAAAAUGUUUUAAACUUAAUCAACACGAUCGUUGGUGGCUCAUGUAAGUGUCCCGCCCACUCGCAUAAUUAUGGAUCCACAGCGGCGGCCGCAAAGCAAACGGGAUUGAAAGAGUAUGCCUUCGAGAUGUCGGCAUCGACAGUGCGCUUUGGACCAGGUGUGAGUGCAGAGCUUGGUGCUGAUCUGUCCAACUGGGGGGCAAAGAAUGUUUGCCUGGUGACGGACAAGAAUGUGGCCAAGCUGCCAUCGGUGCGUGUUGCUCUCGAUUCGUUGGCUCGCCAUGGAAUCAACUAUCAGGUGUAUGACGAGACGCGUGUGGAGCCAACGGAUCAAAGUUUCUGGCAUGCUGCCCAGUUUGCGCGUCGCAAUCAGUUUGAUGCAUUCGUCGCCAUUGGCGGCGGUUCCGCCAUGGACACUGCGAAAGUAGCGAAUCUGUUCAGCAGCGAUCCAGCUGCAGAGUUGCUAGACUAUGUCAACGCUCCCAUUGGUAAGGCGAAGGAGAUUUCUGUUAAACUGAAGCCACUUAUCGCAGUACCCACCACGUCUGGCACUGGAUCGGAGACCACUGGAGUGGCCAUAUUUGACUAUCAGCGUCUGCAUGCCAAGACAGGCAUUUCCAGCAAGCAUCUGAAGCCGACUCUAGCUAUCGUGGAUCCUCUGCAUACGCUCUCGCAGCCGGAACGUGUGAUGGCAUUUGCGGGCUUUGAUGUCUUCUGCCAUGCGCUGGAGAGCUUCACGGCUGUCGACUAUCGCGAGCGUGGUCCAGCUCCCUCCAACCCCAGUCUACGGCCAACGUACCAGGGCAGAAAUCCCAUUUCCGAUGUCUGGGCACGUUUUGCCCUCGACACCAUACGCAGCAAUUUCAUCGACGCCAUUUAUCAGCCCGACAAUCUGGCAGCACGCUCUAGCAUGCAUCUGGCAUCCACCAUGGCGGGUGUAGGCUUUGGCAAUGCUGGUGUGCAUCUUUGCCACGGUCUCUCGUAUCCCAUCUCGGGGCAUGUGCGAAACUACAAACCCAAGGGCUACUCCGACAGCCAUGCUCUGAUUCCACAUGGCCUCUCUGUGGUAAUAAGUGCUCCGGCUGUAUUUGAGUUUACAGCUGCUGCAUGCCCAGAGCGUCACCUCGAAGCUGCUCAGCUUUUGGGUGCUGACACCUCAGGCGUUACAGCCGCUGAUGCCGGGCGUCUUUUGGCGGACAUAAUGCGAGGUUAUAUGCAGCGUGCGGGCAUUGAAAAUGGCCUCCAGGAGCUGGGCUUUGGCAGUGGCGAUAUUCCAGCUCUGGUUGAGGGAACGCUACCCCAAGAACGCAUUACGAAGAUGGCACCUCGCGAACAAUCGCGUGAAGAUUUGGCCAAACUCUUUGAGAAUUCAAUGCAAGUUUAUUAAACACUUACCCUCUUUUUUCUUUCUCGGUUAAGUUCUUUUUCACUGGGGAGCAAAUGUAAACUAACGGAUCUAUUUAGUGAAGUUGGCUGCAUUGAUUCAUUUCAGAGAUUAGUUAAUGUUCAGCUGGAACCAGUUCCACAGCGAGCAUAAAACUGAAGUGUCAAAUAAUUAGUGUUAAUCGACACAUAUGUAUAUUUAAAAAUGUAAUGUUAAUGUGAAUGUAAAUAAACCAAAACUUCAUUUGAA